AUGGAGCUGCACUCAGCCUCAAAGUGCAUAGCCUUCUUCCUCCUCCCUCUACUAGCCAGCGUGCAUUACGCUCAGGCGCACCCUGGUCGUCCCUCGAUCCACUCCAUCUUCAGCUUCGGCAACUCGUACGCCGACACCGGCAACUUUGUCAAGCUCGCCGCGCCGGUGUUCCUGGUCAUGCCUUUCAACAACCUCCCCCACGGCGAGACCUUCUUUGGCCGCCCCACCGGCCGAGCCUCCAAUGGCCGCAUCACCAUGGAUUUCAUCGCCAGCGAGUUUGGGCUCCCUUUCGUCCCCCCGAUUCUCGGCAAAGAGCGUAACUUCACCCGCGGAGCAAACUUCGCCGUCGUCGGCGCCACGGCGCUCGAUCUAGCCUACUACCUCGAGAACAACAUCACGAGCGUGCCCCCUUUCAACAGCUCCUUGAGCGUGCAGCUCGACUGGUUCCAGAAGCUCAAGCCCACCUUGUGCUCAACGCCACGAGGGUGCAGAGACUACUUCAAGAGAUCCCUCUUCUUCAUGGGGGAGUUCGGAGGGAACGACUACACCUUCCUCAUGGCCGCCGGGAAAUCCUUCGGCGAGGUCGCGUCGUACGUUCCGAAAGUCGUAGGAGCCAUCUCAGCUGGCGCUGAGGCGGUGCUCAAGGAGAGAGCGAGGUACGUGCUGGUGCCGGGGCAGCUGCCGACGGGGUGCAUCCCCAUCGUCCUGACGCUGUACGCGAGCCCCAACAAGCGGCACUACGACCGCCGGACCGGGUGCCUGAGGAAAUACAACGCGCUCGCGCGCUACCACAACGGAGUGCUGUUCGAGGCCGUGUACCGGCUCCGGAUCAAGUACCCGGCGGCGAAGAUCGUCUACGCCGACUACUACGCGCCGCUGAUCGACUUUCUCAGGAAACCAAAGAAAUUCGGGUUCAGUGCUUCGUCGAAGCUCCGUGUGUGCUGUGGCGCCGGCGGGCCGUACAACUACAACAUGACGGCGGCGUGCGGGUUUCCCGGCGCGACCGCGUGCGCUAACCCCGCCACGCACAUCAACUGGGACGGCAUCCACCUGACGGAGCCGGCGUACGAGCGCGAUUUUUUGUCCAAAAAGACCCCCUGCCGAGAUGAAUUGCCAAAAAAGACUACCUCUGGAUCAAUUUGA